AUGGGGCCGAUAGAGCCAGAGCAAUAUUUCCUCGAUCCGACACCACACGUCCCCAACUCCAGGUUGCCAAUUCUGGUCUAUCGCAAUGCGAUAUUGGACCCUAGUCCGAGAAAGAUUCUCAAUAUCAUUGAGCCCAACGGAUGGUUGAAGGGUGGACAGUGGAAAGCAUAUAAAGUGCCCCAUUUCCACGCAGCAUGUCACGAAUGCUAUGCCGUUCUGCAAGGAAAGACAACAUACCAGCUGGGUAUCGGUCCGACGGACCCCAAAUUUAACGUAAAAGGCGAGCCGUACGGAAUGCGGUUAACUGUUCAAAAAGGAGAUGUUUUUGUGUUGCCUGCUGGGAUCUGCCACGCCUCCCUCGAGUCAGAGGGAGACUAUGAAUUUAUCGGACUGUAUCCAAAUGGUCUUCUCGAAGCGACCGGUCAGCGAUUUGAUAUGAACUAUGCGAUGAAGAGCCCAGAAGAGACGGCAGAGCUUGCUAAAAAGUGUGACUUCGUGUCAAUUCCACCUUUGGAUCCCUUCGUCGUUAUCACCUCAUCACAUCUCCACUACAGCUCCUUCGCCCUGUCGUCCAAUCACACUAAUCCAGACUCUCCGCCAAAAUUAGGAUCAGCGCGUGAAUUCUCCGAUCUCGCGCUUGAUGCCCUGGAACAUGCAGAUAUGUCCAUUCUGCGUCAAGGAAUACGCCAGCCAAAGCGAUCUUUGUGGACAUCUGCUAUUAGUGAACUCAUGAUGUCACUGCCACAAAUCCAACUAGAGAGACGGACGACGGUUUACGAAUAUCUCCUGUGCUUCGAGGAAAUAGGAUUCACUGGUGGUAUCCGCACAGCACGGAUCACACCCCAUCGUAGUGGGCUCUACCUGCAGCAUAACCCCAUAAAUCACCCCCUGGCGAUCAUGUCGACCAACCAUCAGGUCUACGAGGAAGCGCGGCAAGUAUUUUACGGCCUCAAUAGAUUCGCCUUUUGGUGCCCGAGGAGUUUGCCUCUCUUCUUAGUAGGGAUCGGCCAGGGGAACGCGAUGCUUCUCCGGUCGGUGCGCUGGAAGAACGUCUUCGGAUACCAAGAGCAAUACGAGGAAGUGGCUGAAAAGAUCCGCGUUUGUCUGAGUGAGAGAACGGGUACAUUGACAUCCGACUUCUGCAUAGACAGUCUGGUCGCAGAACCGCGAGGUGACUGGAACUCCGACCGGCAUAAAGUGCGACCGAGGAACACCGCUGAUGCUCUGGAUGGGCGCGAGCGAUGGGGUAUGGAUGCCAUCUGGCAUAGAUACAAUCUGCACGGGCAAGAAAUCUACGGCCAGGCGACAGACGUUCGAGCUACGUGCGGAGCAGCCUACCCCAUCGCUCCGAGAUGA